AUUGCAACACAAUGCAAACUGUCAAACUUGACAAAUCGGCGUUUUUGAAGAAAUCGCUUGUCAUUCAUACUGCACAGAAAAGUUUAUUUGAAAUCACAAAACAAUAAUGGCUUUACUCGAUUUUUGCCACUUGGACCAAAAAUUAACUUGAAACCCGUAGACGCACUAGCUUCAUUCCAAAAUGAUGUCGUUGGAUACAGUGGAAACUUCUUACACAGCACUCAACUCGCGACGCCACCGUUUGCAAACCCUGUAGAAACCCUUGCGCAGUUCAACCAGAAAGAUGAGACUGGUAAAAAGAUCAAAAUCCAGUUCGACCAUGGUACCACUACUCUUGGCUUCCGUUACCAGGGUGGUGUGCUCCUGGCUGUGGACUCCCGAGCCACUGGUGGCCAGUUCAUCGGCUCCCAGUCCAUGAAGAAGAUUGUAGAAAUCAAUGACUACUUGCUUGGUACCCUCGCCGGUGGUGCCGCAGACUGUGUGUACUGGGAUCGUGUGCUUGCAAAGCAAUGUCGUCUGUAUGAGCUCCGCAACAGGGAGCGUAUCUCAGUGGCCGCAGCCAGCAAACUGAUGGCCAACAUGGUGUACAACUACAAAGGCAUGGGGCUUAGUAUGGGAAUGAUGUUGGCUGGUGUCGAUAAGAGGGGAGCUCAGCUAUACUACGUAGACUCUGAAGGUACGCGCACUCCUGGCAAGGUGUUCUCCGUCGGCUCCGGGUCAGUGUAUGCCUUCGAGCUAGGUCGUCGCGCGAUCUACCACGCGACUCACCGCGAUGCCUACUCCGGCGGUAUCGUCCGAGUCUACCAUAUAAGCGAGAAGGGAUGGGUGAACAUCUCCAACGAAGAUUGCUCAGACCUCCACUACAAGUAUGCUGCGGAAAAGGGCAAUGUCGGCGCUUAGAAUUACUGUCUUUAUUAAAAUAAAAUUCUACUAUUUGUA